UUGCCUAAGCCAUGUAUGGUAAGACCAAAUGAAGGUAUCUCAAUUGCACCUUUGACAUUACAACAACUACGUGUCAGUCCCAAACUAUCCUCCACAAAGAACAUUGCUAGUGACGCUAUUGCAAUGGAUCGUGGUCGUUGUAGUAGUGGGAGAUUAUUGUCUUCCAUGUGGAGAGAAGUUCAAGGGUCAAAAAACUGGGAAAACCUAGUAGAUCCAUUGGACUCUCUCCUCCGAUCAGAGAUUAUUCGAUAUGGAGAGUUUGUAGCUGCUUGUUAUGAUGCAUUUGAUCUUGAUACAAAUUCAAAAAGAUACUUAAAUUGCAAGUAUGGUAAGAGUAGGAUGUUGAGUGAAGUAGGGUUAGGUGAAUCAGGGUAUCAAGUGACAAAAUACAUAUAUGCUACUCCAGACCUAAUAAUUGGUAGCAAUAAUAUUAGUAUUGGUUCAUCCUGUGGGAAAUGGAUUGGUUAUAUUGCAGUGUCAAAUGAUGAAGAAACAAAGAGACUAGGGAGGAGAGAUGUGCUUGUUACCUUUCGUGGAACGGUCACUAGCCCUGAAUGGAUAGCAAACCUGAUGAGCUCAUUGACUCCUGCUCGUCUUGAUCCUCAUAAUCCGAGACCUCAAGUUAAGGUUGAAGCUGGAUUCUUGAGUUUGUACACUUCCAAUGAGGACAAGAAGUUUGGGCUUGGAAGUUGUCGCGAGCAAUUACUAUCUGAGAUUGGGAGAUUAGUAAAUAAGUACUGUAAACAAGAGGAUAUGAGCAUAACUUUAGCUGGACAUAGCAUGGGGAGUGCAUUAGCCCUCUUACUAGCUUAUGACAUUGCAGAGUUAGGGUUGAAUACUCAUCAUCAUGAUCACAUGACUACUGUAACCGUUUUCUCCUUUGGAGGGCCAAGAGUUGGAAACUCAGGCUUCAAAGAGAGGUGUGAAGAGUUAGGUGUGAAAGUCUUGAGAAUAACAAAUGUAAAUGACCCCAUAACAAAACUUCCUGGGGUUUUUCUAAAUGAAAAUUCUAGGGUUUUGGGUGGUAAGUAUGAGGUACCAUGGAGUUGCUCAUGUUAUGCACAUGUUGGAGUUGAAAUCUUGUUAGAUUUUUUCAAGAUGCAUAAUCCUUCUUGUGUACAUGACUUGGGUACUUAUCUUAAUUUGCUCAAGUGUCCAAAGAGAUGUUUGCAAGUUCAAAGAGAAGAAGGUAUUCAUCAUUUUAUCAAUAAAGCAAAGGAGUUUGUCAUUUCUGGAUUAAACUUCAAUCCACCCUUGCAAUGGAAAAAUGUUGCAAUGAAUAUGGUGAACAUGGUUCAAUCCCAAAGGACUUAA